AUGACCGAGGACGUGCCCCUGAGCAAGACCGAGCGCCGCCGGGCGGCCCGCGCCAAGAAGAAGGCUGCGGCCGCGACCGAGAAGGAGCGCCGCAUGAACAAGCGCGAAGACAUGAAGCAGCGCCGGCGCGACAAGGCCAUGGCGAUCAAGAACAAAGACAACGAGAACGGGUGUUGGCUCUGCGGCGACCCCAACCACCGCAAGCAAGACUGCGACCAGACGAUGAGCACGAAGAGCUGCUUCCACUGCCGCCGGAAGGGCCACGACAUCCACUCGUGCCCGAAGCGCAACGGGUACCAGAACAACACGCAGCCCGCGAGCGACCUCUGCUUCAACUGCGGCGAGAACGGCCACAGCCUCUGGAAGUGCCCCAAGCCCAAGGUCGGCGACGGCACCUCGUUCGCCACGUGCUUUGUGUGCGGCGCCACGGGCCACUUGAGCUCGCGCUGCCCCAUGUCCGAGAACGGUAUUUACCCGCGCGGUGGCUGCUGCAAGGUCUGCAGCAGCAAGAUGCAUCUCGCCAAGGACUGUCCCGAGGACGGCAAGGAGAAGAAGCCCCAAAACACCAAGAAGACGUUUGCGGACGACGACGACGAAGUGGCCCAAGGCAGCGGUCCGUCCGACAAGAGCGGCGACUACAUGGAGGACGAAGCGCCCGAAGAGCCCGAGGCCCCCAAGCCCGCGGCCACCCACGCAAAGAAGAAGGUGGUCAAGUUUUAG